AUGUUCUCUUGGGUCAAGGGUUUCAACGAAGAGGACUUGAGAAAGCUCAACUUCAAGGAACUAGCCGAUCGCUUCGAGCACUUGUCGCAAGUUUUGCCUGAUGCCCUGAGAUGCGUGCAAGAAGUGAAGCAACUUCAGGGCACAGUGCAGGAUGACAUCAAAGAUCGCAUGGCUCAGCUUAGGCAAGUUAUCGACGAUCGCGAAAUGUAUCUCCUAUCUAAGGUCAAGGAAGUAGAACAUGAAAAACUCACAACCAUCGAACGACAGAGGGAACAAUGCCUAUCAGUGCUGGAGAAUAUGCGAGCAGCUUCUCGUCAGGCCCAUGCCGCCCUGACCGACGAUGAUCCUACUACUUGGCUGGACAAUGGCCGAAGAAUUGAGGAGAUGCUGUCUCAACAGAAUGCAGUCAAGGUCGAAUACGGCCCUUCGCCCGAUCUUCGAUUCGGCUGCACGCUGACUGUUGAUUUACAAAGAAGGAUCCUAGAGGUGAUCGAUUUUGAUGAGAAGAAGGGACCAACAGGAUCGCCUGGCAAGCAGCUUUCAGCCUUCAAGGUUGUUGAUGAUGAGGAAGAUGCUGACGGUGGUGGUGAUGGUGGUGGUGUGAUGAGUGUACAGCAGUCAAACCUCUCCAACUCCUUGCUGAAUCAGAGCGGAGCAGCAGGGGAAGUCUUGCCCGAUGGAACAGACUACGCUUCCUUCCGCCGGGCACUUCUCAAGGAGGGAGUAGAAUCAUCGCUCACGAAUCUCAGCGGCAGGCUCGGCCAAGACUACGCGGCGUUUAAGAGAAGCCUGCUAGCUGAAGGUGCUGAUUCUUCGCUCCCGUAUCGAGGCUACGAAGAGGCUACAGGCAACGGGUAUGGCAAGCCAGGAGCUGUCAUGUAG